AUGUACACAAGUUCCUCUUUUAAUCAUUUACAACUCGUAUAAUGUCAUUUUAGAUGACUUUGGAGUGAUUCUGGACGAUUUCUCAGUCAUUUUGGCCAAAUUUUCAAUAACUUAAAAUGGGUUUCAUUUCCUUUUGGAUAACUUUUAAGUAAUAAUGGACACAUUUUAAUCAUUUACAACAUUUCGUGUCACUUUGCAUGACUUUUGAGAGAUUUUGUGCAAUUAUUAACCAUUUUAGAACAGAUUUCAUGGCAUUUUUGAUGACUUUUGAGUAAUUCUGGACCAUUUUUAAUCAUUCACCGCAGAUGUUAUGUUAUUUUAGAUGACUUUGGAGUGAUUCUGAACUAUUUUUGACUAACUUUAAAGUAAUUAUGGACAAAUUUUGGGUCUUUCUGCACAUUACUUAAACAUUUAGAACAAGUUUCAUGUCAUUUUUAAACAACUUCUGAGUAACUUUGCACAAUUUUUGAGACAUUUUGGACAAUUUGUAAUCAUUUAGAACAAGUUUCAUGUCAUUUUAGAUGACUUUUGAGUAAUUUUGCACAUUUUUUGAGCCAUUUUGGACAAUUUGUAAUCAUUUAUAACAAGUUUCAUGUCAUUUUUAAACCACUUCUGAGUAAUUUUGCACAAUUUUUGAGCCAUUUUGGACAAUUUGUAAUCAUUUAUAACAAGUUUCAUGUCAUUUUAAACAACUUUUGAGUAAUUUUGCACAUUUUUUGAGCCAUUUUGGACAAUUUUUAAUCAUUUAUAACAAGUUUCAUGUCAUUUUAGAUGACUUUUGAGUAAUUUUGCACAUUUUUUGAGCCAUUUUGGACAAUUUUUAAUCAUUUAUAACAAGUUUCAUGUCAUUUUAGAUGACUUUUGAGUAAUUUUGCACAUAUUUUGAGCCAUUUUGGACCAUUUGUAAUCAUUUAUAACAAGUUUCAUGUCAUUUUUAAACGACUUCUGAGUAAUUUUGCACAAUUUUUGAGCCAUUUUGGACAAUUUGUAAUCAUUUGGAACAAGUUUCAUGUCAUUUUAAACGACUUUUGAGUAAUUUUGCACAAUUUUUGAGUUAUUUUGGAAAAUUUUUAAUCAUUUAGAACACAAUUAUAUCCGGCCCGCGAGAUAAAAAGACAUUUUUGAAAACGUAUGUCCAAGUGUAACCGACAUGAAACCGCCCUGGGACAAACCUGUUGGACUUACAGCAGAUUAGGUUGAUGUUCUCACUGUAUGCGAGGCUCCUCCUGGCUCUUUGUGUUUCCCGGCAGACUCAGUGCUGCCGUCUGCUUUCUAUUUUCUCCUCUCGGUGUUUCUGCAGCUGCCGUCCGUCGAUCAUUCGGGAUUCUGGCAGAAGGUCGAUGAGCAGAAGGACUUCAGUCGGCCAUGGAGCUUCAACGGGCAGCACUGGUCGCCUCGUUCCUGCUCACUCUGCUGUCAUCGGCGUGCUGGUGCAGGAACGAGGAGGAGCGUCUGAUCAACUACCUGAUGAAAGAGAAGGGCUACAACAAAGAGCUGCGACCGGUGGAGAGGCAGCAGGAUGCCGUGGACGUCUACCUCGCCCUCACGCUCUCCAACCUCAUCUCUCUGAAAGAAGUUGAUGAGACGCUGCUGACGAACGUUUGGAUAGAUCACACGUGGAUUGACUACAGAUUAUCGUGGAAUUCGACGGAGUUCGACGGCAUCGAGGCGCUUCGUCUGCCCACCACCAUGCUGUGGCUGCCAGAGAUAGUGCUGGAAAACAAUAACGACGCCCAGUUCCAGGUGGCCUACUACAGUAACGUACUGGUGUUUCCCGAUGGUCUCUGCUACUGGUUGCCCCCCGCCAUCUUCCGCUCGUCCUGCUCCAUCAACGUCAACUACUUCCCCUUCGACUGGCAGAACUGCACGCUCAAAUUCACCUCUCUGACCUACAACGCCAAAGAGAUCCGGAUGCUGCUGAAGGAAGAUGAAGGCGCGACGGUGGAGUGGAUCAUCAUCGACCCUGCCGGCUUCACCGAGAACGGCGAGUGGGAGAUCAUCCACCGUCCGGCCAAGAGAAACACCUACAAGCACAUUCCCAUGGAGAGCAACAAGCACCAGGACAUCACCUUCUACCUGAUCAUCAAGCGCAAACCUCUCUUCUACAUCGUCAACAUCAUCAUCCCCUGCGUGCUCAUCUCCUUCCUGGCUUGUCUCGUCUACUACCUGCCCGCCGACAGUGGUGAGAAGAUGACUCUGUCCAUCUCGGUUCUACUGGCUCAGUCCGUCUUCCUGCUGCUGAUUUCUCAACGGCUGCCGGAAACGUCCAUGUCGGUUCCGCUCAUUGUCAAGUACUUGAUGUUCAUCAUGGUGCUGGUUACGGUGGUUGUGUUGAACUGCGUGGUCGUCCUCAACCUGCACUUCAGGACGCCGAGCACACACGUCAUGUCUGAGUGGACCAAGAAGUUUUUCCUCGAGCGUCUUCCUCGGAUCCUGCGCAUGUCCCGCCCCGCGGAGGCGGAGCCAUACUGGGACGGAGCGUUGCCACGGCGAUCCAGCUCGGUGGGCUACAUCGCCUCGGCGGAGGAAUACUACAGCGUCAAGUCCCGCAGCGAGCUGAUGUUCGAGAAGCAGUCGCAGAGGCACGGACUGACGACCAGGACCACCCACGCUGCAGUGGUGAAGCCGCAGGAGGACGGAGGAGUGACGGACCAACUAUACGCCGAGAUCAAACCGGCUGUGGACGGAGCGAACUACAUCAUCAAACACAUGCGCAACAAGAACGACUACAACGAGGAGAAGGACAACUGGAGCGGCAUCGCCCGGACGGUGGACCGACUCUGCCUCUUCCUGGUGACUCCGGUGAUGACCUUCGGCACCAUCAUCAUCUUCCUGAUGGGAAUCUGCAACCACCCUCCACACCUGCCCUUCAAAGGAGACCCACACGACUACUCGGACACGAACCCCCGGCUGCUGUAACACUUUACGCUGCAGAUGCUGGUGUCCGUCCAGAGGUUUGCUGCCGUUUUAUUAUUUAACUCGAUGACUUUUCCAGGUUCGUGCAGCAGCCGAGUGUUUCUUUCAUUUGAAGUGAAUAAUCUGGGAUCUUAUCUGUUUGGUUUUGUUUGUGUGGUUUGAAUAAACUUUGACUUUCUGACA